AUGUGGUGCCCUCUAUUGUCAAGCGUCAGUAUUACAAUGCUGUGGGUCUUGGUACUGCUGUCCUGUGGGGUUCCUGCUGCUCUGAUCCCAUCACCUGUUUCCCGCUGUCCGGCUCGCUGUGAUCCAUCCUCCUGCUCGCCAGUGCCCACGAACUGCCCAUCUGGAGAGACGGCACUGCGUUGUGGCUGCUGUACUGUAUGUGCUGCUGAUGAGGGGGACAGAUGUGGAGAAGGACCAACGGAUCCUACUUGUGCCUCCGCUCUGCGCUGUGUGAAGAGUGGGCUUGCGGGGGGUACAAGGACUUGCCAGUGUCCAUCUCCCCAGCCUGUGUGUGGGAGCGAUGGAAAAACUUAUAGCAGCUCAUGCAAGUUGCAGGCAGAGAGUAAAGCUGUACAGAAUCAGGGAUCUGCAGCCAUCAUCCCAAUCCAGAGAGGAGAUUGCGAGCAAGGUCAGAAGGAUCCAGACAGCCCUCGCUAUAAGUAUAACUUCAUCGCUGAUGUGGUGGAGAAGAUUGCACCAGCUGUUGUGCAUAUUGAGCUGUACCGCAUGUUCUCUUUCUUUGGAAAGCGUGACAUCCCCUCAGCCAGCGGAUCAGGUUUCAUUGUCUCAGAAGAUGGGUUGAUUCUUACCAAUGCCCACGUGGUGACAAACAAGCAAAGGCUGAAAGUGGAGAGGAGUGAUGGGUCCACAUACGAUGCAAAAAUAAUAGAUGUAGAUGAAAAAGCUGAUAUUGCCCUCAUUAAAAUCAAGCCAAAGGGGAAGCUGCCUGUGCUGCUAUUGGGUCGAUCAGAAGAUCUCCGGCCUGGUGAGUUUGUUGUGGCAAUUGGAAGUCCAUUCUCUUUACAGAAUACAGUCACAACAGGUAUUGUGAGCACGGCACAACGUGGUGGGAAAGAACUGGGCUUGAGGAACUCUGAUAUGGAAUACAUCCAAACUGAUGCUAUCAUAAAUUAUGGAAACUCAGGAGGACCUCUUGUGAACCUGGACGGUGAAGUGAUCGGAAUAAACACUCUAAAAGUUACUGCUGGCAUCUCAUUUGCUAUCCCAUCUGAUAAAAUCCGCAAAUUUCUCGCCGAGUCACACAGCAGGCAAUCCGCAGGUCAGGGAAUUAAGAAGAAAAAAUACUUGGGUAUAAGGAUGCUGUCGCUUGGUCCUAGCAAAGUAAAGGAGCUCAGGGAACAGCUUAAGGAUUUCCCUAAUGUGACGUCCGGAGCUUACAUUGUAGAAGUGAUUCCAGAUACACCGGCAGAAGAGGCCGGGUUGAAGGAAAGUGAUGUAAUUAUCAGUAUCGGCAGUCAAACGGUGACCUCCAGCAAUGAUGUCAGUGAGGCCAUCAAACAAGAAGGGCCCCUACGUAUGGUAGUACGAAGAGGAAACGAGGAUGUUGUCAUCACAGUGACACCUAAAGAAAUUGAUCUUUAA